AUGAAUACCGACAGCGUGAGCGUAAAGGAUUAUGAGACUGUCUUAAGGGACAUUGAGGAUACUAUUGCUCUGAGUAGCGAAGAGGUCCUAAAUAAUCAAGAGCUUAGACUCAAAAAUACGUUGCAUGAAAUCGCUUCCAGCAUUCUGGCGAUAAAUGAAGAGAACAAGUUCGUUAACCCACUUAGGAACGAUGAAAAUUUAGAGGUAGCGGGAAAAGAGGCGUAUGUGAACCCCAAAAUUUUAGGUGUAAAGAUCAAAGAAUUCAAUAAACUGAUGGAGUUAUUAAAGCUGACUUACUUAGAACAGGAGACGUUGGACUAUUUUUUCAGAUUUACUUUGUCUUCGACAAAACCACUACAACUGGAUUCUGAAAAAGACCCUCAAUUUGUAAAACUAAAUGAAAGGGUUAAUGAUCUCAAAGAUGAAAUUUUGAACGUGAAAGAAACUAAAAUAGAACAGAUCAAAACUGAUAUUCAAGAGGUGAGUCAUAAUUUUGCCGAAAAGCAAGACCUAAUAAAUGAGCUUUAUUUGGAAGCCACAGGUGAGAUAGAAAACUGUUGGGAUUCGCUCAAGGAACUGAAACACUUAACAAAUCAAGAAGAUAAAAAUAUGGUAGAAGAAAAUGAUGUAAUAUUGAAUUUAGGUGAUUCAGAUGGUUUCGUCGAGGAGACGUACACGAACUGGCAGAAACUGCUCUUUUUGCAAAAGCAAAAUCAAAAGUUGACGAAAGAACUUAGAGAAAUGAAUGAAAGUAAACGUCAAAUAAUACAAAAAGGUGAGCAGCAAAGAAAAGAUGAUUCGGAACACUCAAUGGUCAAUGAUUCAGAAUUAUGUCAGUCAAUUAAUCUGCUCAUAAAGUUCUGGGAGAAGUAUUUCUUGUUUAAAGGAUCAAACUCGACUAUCUUAAAUUUCGAAAUCUUUACUCAACUUGGUAAAGUACAAUUUGAGAUAAAGGAUUUGCAAUAUAUAAUAGUCAUAUCUUUAAGCAAUUUAAAAAGGCCAAUAAUAAAGGAUAUAACUAUUUUAGAAAAGUCAGGCGGAAAUAUACUUACAAAUGCUGAAGCAAGCGGUAAACUUAACGACAAGUACCGAAAUAAUAGUAAAAUACAAAUCUUUGAGGUGAUGGAUAACAUUAUAAGCGACUUAACAAAUUAA